UCCGCUUUUCGGCACGGAGUUUACCGACAGACCCACGGCAGAGUGUAGGUAGUCUCCCGCUCCCGUCUUCUGUAAUACGCCGCUUCGUGGAGCCUGCCCGCCCGGUGUUAGAUAUGGCUCGGAGAGCUGCGGUUGUCGUCCUGUUGUCGGUUGUUCUCUCCGGUGUGUCGGCGGGAGUGUUUUUCAAGCAGAAACAGCCCUGCUAUGUCCGCACACCGAGCAAAGGCGACUUUGGACUGAAGACUGCUCCUCGUCCUCAUGAGAUUUUAAACAUGUCUGAUCUGCCGAAGUCCUGGGACUGGAGGAACAUCAAUGGUACAAACUAUGUCAGCACAACCCGCAACCAGCACAUUCCCCAGUACUGUGGCUCCUGCUGGGCCCAUGGCAGCACCAGCGCCAUGGCAGAUCGUAUCAACAUUAAGCGGAAAGCAGCGUGGCCGUCUGCCUACCUCUCUGUCCAGCAUGUGAUCGACUGUGGUGAUGCCGGCACUUGCCACGGAGGGGAUCACACCGGGGUUUGGAGGUACGCUAACGAACACGGGAUCCCAGAUGAGACCUGCAAUAACUACCAGGCUAAAGACCAGAAGUGCAAGCCCUUCAACGAAUGUGGCACCUGCACCACCUUUGGAGUGUGCAACGUUGUGAAGAACUACACCCUGUGGAAAGUGGGAGAUUAUGGAUCUGUCAGCGGGAGAGAGAAGAUGAUGGCAGAGAUCUACGCUAACGGACCCAUCAGCUGUGGGAUCAUGGCCACAGAGAAGCUGGAUGCGUACAACGGAGGUCUCUACUCUGAAUACCAGAGCGAACCUUACAUCAACCACAUCGUGUCAGUGGUAGGAUGGGGAGUGGAGAACGGCGUUGAAUACUGGAUUGUGCGCAACUCCUGGGGAGAGCCAUGGGGUGAGAAGGGCUGGCUCAGGAUUGUGACCAGCGCCUACAAAGGAGGAAGUGGCAGCACAUACAACCUGGCAGUGGAGGAAGACUGCAUGUACGGAGACCCAAUCGUCCCUAAAGCCUACCUCUAGAGGACACCCGCGCCCACAUUGUCAGAGGUCGCCAUUGCACACUCUCACGAUGUCUUCCUGUCUCGGGCAGAGGAAAACUUUUUUUUUUUUUUAAUAUGUAAAUGCUUGUAAAGGGAAGUUCAGAUUUUUCUUUAUAGAAAUAUUAUCUGCAUUUAUUUUUUACUCUUGUAAUCAGGGGGUCAGAUUUCAGGGCCAGCAUCUUCCAGCUGGAUAUUAGACCUGUUUGAAUCAAUGCAGGUCCGUGGGCUGUUUUUACAGUCUGAAACUUUUUAGUUGAGUGAAAGGAGUGAAACGCAUCAGUACAAAUUACUGUGCUACAGAGAAAUUCAGCCACUGCAUGCUUAAAAGCAAUUAUAGGAUGACUAAUUUAAGUUUACAUUAUCAAUAGGACAGACAGCAGGUUGUCUGUAGCAAUUUUGAAAUUCAAACUGACUCAGCCAAAGAAGACGGUGUUUUUAAUUUGUCCUGCACUGCUCCAACUCUGAAUGUUUUCAGCGUCUGCUGUUAAUGAUUUGAGGAGUUUGCACUACAACCCGAUGCAGGAUUUGUGCAAAAAAAAAAAAAAAUUAACUUUAACUGUGCCUUAUAUGCACUUUGUGUCAAGUAACAACUCAUGUAAUUUGCUGUUUGUUUUCAAACUGAACAAUCUACACAUCAAACAUUUGUUUCAAACUGUGCCAAUAAACACAACACUUAAAAUCUG